AUGGCGUAUAAGCUCGUUUAUCUCAUUCAAUCCUCACUGGCUGCUAAAAGGUGUGAUGAGAAAGGAGAUGCAGAUAAAAAUGAUCAAUGUUUGACACCUUCCUUCAAUGAAAACGUACUGUGCAAUAAAAAGACUUUAAAUACCAUUUCAAUCUUUAAAAACCUAGACCACAAGACCAACAUCAACAACAGCUGCAUAACCUCUGAAAGCCUCAAUAAUGAGUUAUUUCAAACAGUUCAAAAAAUUUUACUAAAAUUUAAAUCUUCAUUAACUGAAGGAAUGUACUCGACAACAACAACAAAGCCGCAGCAGCAAGAUAACAUUGAAACAAUAUGCUUGCUACCAUCAGUAUCGUUAUUUACAACAACAACAACAUCAUCAUUCUCGUCAACUCCAUCAACAGCAACAACAACUUCAACAAAGUUCAACAGAAACGUGCAUGCAAUGACAAAGUACAACCAUCUCUACAAAUCCAGCAACAAAAAUUCUAGCAUAUUGAAACUCAUUCCUAUUUUUCCAAAAAGUACAACCACGACAACAGAUGCAGAGACAACAGCAAUACAUAGACAUCACAUCAAAAACAUCAACAACAGAUUCUUUUUCACAGGUCCAAAGACAACAAUGACAUCAAAAACGACAUCAUCAUCACUGAUGGAGGAAACUGGAAACAACGAAAGAACAUAUCAAUCCAGCUGCACCAUCUCAAAUUUCAAUAGAUUCAGUUUUCUUUACAAAAAUCUUCACAGCAAUGUCAAUUAUAAACACGUCAGCAGCAGUAACACCAGCAACAACCAUAUUAACUCUGUAACUAACCAUUGUCAGUGUAACAAUAAAUUAAUCAACCUAAAUCAUAACAAUACUAGCAGCAACAAUAGUACUGGUAUUAACAAUAAUAUUAUUAAAAAUACCAACAAUAAGGACGAAUUUGAUUGGAUAGCUACUUGGCAUGUGGAUGGAACAAAAAUUUCUUGCCGAGAUGAAUUCAAGUACAAAAAGUUUACAAGCAAGCAUGCAACCUUCAACGCUAAUGACAAAUGUGACCACAGCAACAACAACAACAACAAUAAUAACAACAACAACGACAAAAUUAAAGAGAAAAACAUAAAAACACCAUGUAAAGGGAAGAGUGUUGCGGACGAUAUUAAUAAUAAUAAUCGUUAUAAUAAUGAUAAAGUGGUCAGAGCUCAGAGAUGCAUUGAUAAUGAAAAUGAUGAUGGUGAUAAUGAUGAUGAUGCUAAUGACAGUAGUGAUGAUGCUUUGAUAAUUGUUGACGACAACGACGAAAAUGACGGCAUUGUUGAGGAUGAUGAUGAUGAUGAAGUUAUUGAUGAUGAUGAAGGUGAUAGUGGUGACAAAAAUAGAGACAACUUUAACAGGAAUGUGGAUGGUGUUGAAGCAUACAACAAUGGCUCUGGCGAUACAGAUAGUGAUGACACCUGUUCUGGUGACAAAUUAUUUAUUGGUGAAGACCGUACUAACAAUUUACCAAAGACUAUUGAAGAGGUUGAUAUAAAAAAAUCAAAGCACUUACCUUCAAAUCAUAUAGAAUCUUUGGUUGUCAAAAAUAAGAGGAAAAGGAAACGGAAGCAGUUGCUUCUGGAUGAUGAAUUCUGUUGA